AGGAGAAGCUAACCAAGGAGAAGGUGUGGCAGCUAGUGCUGCAGGGUGACCCUCCCUUCCUCUCCACCUCCAUUGUGCCCAAGGUCACAGCAGAGGAGGACCUGCUUGCACUGCUUGAACUGGUGGAGGUGGUGCUGCUGCACCAUUCCGCCAGUGUCAGCACAGGCCAUGCUGCUGCUGUCAGCACGAAUGAGCUCUGCAGGUUGGCGGUGCACCUGCUGUGGCACCCCUUAUCAUCAGUGCGCAAGGCAGCACACGCCAUGGUUGCUCGCUUCCACGCCAUCUCUCCCCUCCUCUCCGACUCCCUCUUGGACGCCCUCUCCCUCUCCCUUCCACCUCUGGAGGACCUCGCAGCAGCCGCGGCCAUCAGCACCGGGGAUGCCCCUGAGGCAGCAGCAUCGCCAGAGUCAGCCGCAGACCGCCUUCCUCCCCCACAGCUGCUGGGGCAGGCGCUGCUGGUGGUGGCGGGCACAGGGGCCGUGGCAGAGCGGGUGGGCGUGGCAGCACGUGUGAUGCUGCUGGCUCACCAUAGGCUCGUUGCCGGGGGGAAGAAGAGAGAUGUCGUGUGGCAGGAGCUCGUAAGGGCAUGGCAGCGUCGGGCAUACGAGGUGUCUGCCACUCUAGCCGCGGAGCCUGUUGUUGUGGCUAAGAUUCUGACUGGACCAGCGGGUCUCGCAUCCAGCCGUCCAGCUCAGUCAGAUGCCGCCAUCUCAGCCAUCCAAUCUGCCAUGCGGCUCAUUCCCGCAGAGUUUUUCCAGCCUCUAGUCACGGAACUGGAGGCAGUGGGACAGCGGAAGGAGCAUGACGCUCUCACAGAGUCGGAGAUUAAGAUAUUUAACACGCCUGAGGGCAUGCUCUCAGCCGAGGACGGAGUGUAUGUGGCGGCGGUGGUGAGGGAUAAGAACGUGAGGCAGGCGAGGGGCAAGCUGAAGCUGUACGGUGCCGAGCUGGACGAUGAUGACGACGAGGAGGAGAAACCCGCCCCUGCUGCUGCCCCUGCAAAGAAAAGCACGGCUCCCACGCCAGCACGGGGAGCAGCUGGGGCCGGUGGAGCCAAGGGGGCGGCUGGGAGAGGAGCAGGCAAGAAGGACACGGGCAAGCCGGGGGCAAAGAAAACAGCAGCAGGCGAGGGGGAGAAGGGGAAGACAGCCAAGGAGGAGGCGAGGGAGGCUCUGCUGCUGGAGGAGGCUGGAGUGAGGGAGAGAGUGAGGGGGAUUCAGAGGCACACGGGGGUGCUGGUGCGGGCUCUGGGUGCUGCUGCUGCUGCCAACCCGGCCUUCUCACACGACCAGUUGCCUCAGCUUGUGCAGUCAGGUGUGCGGUAUGUGCUGUCAGAUGUGCUGUAUGCGCGUGCAGAUGUGUUGUAUGCCAGGGAGGUGGGCAGGGGGCGGACGAGGGGAGGGGGACAGCGAGCGGGGAAGGAGGGCGAUGCUAUGGGGGAGGCAAGGGGGAAGGGUGCUGCUGGUGGUGCCGCUGCACGUGCUGCUGCUGGUGCUGCUGCAGCGCGCGGAGGGCGGAUCUGGGCGAGCGGAGUGCAGAUCUGGGCGGGCGGAGUGCAGAUCUGGGCGGGCGGAGUGCAGAUCUGGGCGGGCGGAGUGCAGAUCUGGGCGGGCGGAGUGCAGAUCUGGGCGGGCGGAGUGCAGAUCUGGGUGGCGUCCAUACUGCCGCUGCUGCACUCGCCGCUCAUCCCCUCGCAAGCCUUUGACGCGCUGCAGGGCAGCUUGGGUACGAGAGUGGCGGCCAUUCUGCCGUUGCUGCGCUCGCCGCUCAUCCCCUCACAGGCCUUUGAUGCGCUGGCGCUGGUGAUGCGCUGCCUCUCCCCGGCGCUGCAGCCCUUCUCCUGGGACGUGGCGUCCAUACUGCCGCUGCUGCGCUCCCCACUCAUCCCCUCGCAGGCCUUUGAUGCGCUGGCGCUGGUGAUGCGCUGCCUCUCUCCGGCGCUGCAGCCCUUCUCCUGGGACGUCGCCUCCGCCCUCUGCUCCGUCUCCCUCGCAGGGGAGAGCCUGGCGGAGCAGCUUAAGGAGGAGAGCGCGGAGGAGGGCGAGGAGGAGGAAACGGAGGGGAAGAGGAGGAGGAAGAAGGAGGAGAGUGUGGUGGACAGGGUGGUGAGGGCUGUGUGGGCGGCGUGCAAGGAGGGAGGGUCGCUGCCUGCUGCCACGUUUGGUGCUGUGUUUCCGAUCUUCGAGAGAGUGCUUCGGGCAAACAAGAAGACGCGUCUGCACGACUCCAUCAUCUCCAUUCUGCAGCUCCACACCUCGCCCUUCAUCGCUCUGCCGCGCCUCGCCAUGAUCUCGGUGCUCUACCAUGUGUUGGGCCGCGUGCGCAUCUACCACUCACGCGUGCAGCCGAUUCUGAGGGAGCUCUGCAGAGGCUUGAAAUCAGAUGAAAUCGGAGGGGCACUAGAGGGUCUGUUUGCAGAGCAGGCACAUGUGAGGGAGGCGUGUCUGGAAGCAGUCAAGUACAUUCCAACCCUAGCAGCAGGCAAGGCCCCCCAAGACCCAUAUGUGGCCUGUGCCAUCUGGAUGGCCCAAUACGACCCCGAACCUGCCAACGCCGAGGCUGCCGAGAUGGUCUGGGACAUGUACGGGCACCAGCUAGGCCCGGAGUACGCGCCGAACCUGAUUGUCAGCCUCGGGAACCCGAGCCAGGAGGUUCGGCUGGCGGCUGCCGAGGCUAUGGCGGCAGCUAUGGACGAGUACCGAGGCACGAUCCAGACCAGUUUGACGAGCCUGUUCUCGCUGUAUGUGCGGGAUGCGCCACCUCAGUCUGCCAUGUGGCGGCCUCAAGAUGAUGCCACGUGGCACAGCAGGGAGGGCAUGGCUCUGGCGAUGCGAGCUGCUGCUGACGUGCUGACCACUAAGGAGCUGCCACUUGUCGCCACGUUCCUCAUCUCCAAGGCUCUGGCCGAUCCUAACGAGGAGGUUCGGAGGCGCAUGGUGGAGGCAGGUUUGGCAAUCAUCAACCGGCAUGGCAAGGAGAACGUGGGGCUGCUGCUGCCCAUCUUUGAGAACUACCUCGACCGAAAGGCGGACAACGAGCACAGCUAUGAUCUUGUGCGAGAGGGCGUGGUGGUCUUCCUCGGUGCCCUCGCAAAGCAUCUUGCCCCGGAAGACCCCAAGGUGGCGCUCAUCCUGGCCCGGCUGUUGGAGGUGCUCAACACGCCCUCAGAGGCCGUGCAGAGGGCUGUGUCCGACUGCCUACCGCCUCUCAUGCCCGCCAUCUCCCUCAAGGAGGGAGGCGCCCAGGCACUCAUAGCCCAGCAGCUGAAGGUGCUGCUGACGAGCGACCGCUUUGCCGAGAGGAGAGGCGCAGCGUUUGGUCUGGCUGGAGUGGUGAAGGGGUUGGGUCUGAGGAGCAUUCGGGAUUAUGGUGUGCUGCAGGCGCUGAUCAAGGGCGUGGAGGACAAGUCAUCCCCGAAGGCAAGAGAAGGAGCUCUUUUUGGCUUCGAAUGCCUGUCUGAGAAGCUUGGUCGCCUCUUUGAACCCUACGUGAUUCACAUCCUGCCGUAUCUUCUGGUGUGCUACUCAGACACAGCCACGCCAGUGCGCGAGGCCACGGUGCAUGCGUCUCGCUGCAUCAUGGGGCAGCUCAGCGCCCCUGGGGUGAAGCUCAUCCUCCCUGCACUGCUCAAGGGUCUGGAGGAGAAGGCGUGGCGCAGCAAGCAGGGCAGUGUGCAGCUGCUGGGAGCCAUGGCCUUCUGUGCGCCCCGCCAGCUCUCCCACUGCCUGCCACUCGUGGUGCCCAAGCUCAGCGAGGUGCUCACGGACACGCACCCCAAGGUGCAGGCAGCAGCGCACACGUCGCUGCAGCAGGUGGGGAGUGUGAUCCGCAACCCUGAGAUUGCCGCCCUCGUGCCAUCGCUGCUGGACGGCAUCGCCAACCCCAACAAGCACACCCGCGCCUGCCUCGACCUCCUGCUGCAGACCACUUUUGUGAACUCCAUAGAUGCAGCCUCCCUGGCCCUCGUCAUCCCCAUUGUGCACCGCGCCCUCCGCGAGCGUUCCUCCGACAUCAAGAAGCGCGCAGCACAGAUCGUCGGCAACACCGUCUCCCUCGUGACCGACCACUCCUCGCUGCUGCCUUACCUCAACCUGCUGCUCCCCGGGCUCAAGAAGGUUCUGCUGGACCCCCAUCCAGACGUGCGCACCGUGGCAGCCAAGGCGUUUGGGUCGCUGGUUCGUGGAGUGGGCGAGCACGAGUUUCCUGACCUCGUUCCCUGGAUGCUCGAGACCAUCGGGUCCGAUGCAUCGAGUGUGGAGAGGUCGGGGGCGGCGCAGGGGUUGAGCGAGGUGCUAGGGGCGCAGGGCCGGCACCGCUUCGAGCUGCUGCUGCCAGACCUGCUGGCGGGGUGCUCGCACAAGGUGGCGACUGUCAGAGACGGGCAUCUGACGCUGUUCAAGUACCUACCGCUGUCCUUCGGUGCGCCCUUCCAGAACUACCUCCCCCAAGUGCUACCUGCCAUCCUCGACGGUCUGGCGGAUGAGAGUGAGAGUGUGCGCGAUGCAGCACUGGCAGCCGGACAUGUCUUGGUGCAGCAAUACGCCAUCAGUUCACUGCCGCUGCUGCUGCCAGCGGUGGAGGAGGGGCUGUUCAGCGACAGCUGGCGGAUCAGGCAGAGCUCCAUGGAGCUGCUGGGUGACCUGCUCUUCAAGGUCGCGGGCACGUCAGGGAAGGUCGUUUUGGAGGGAGGCAGCGACGACGAGGGCGCCAGCACGGAGGCGCAGGGCCGGGCGAUUCUGGACGUGCUGGGGCUGGAUAGGCGCAACGAGGUGCUGGCUGCUGUGUACAUCGUGCGAUCCGACGUGUCUCUGUCCGUGCGACAGUCUGCGGUGCACGUUUGGAAAACUAUUGUGGCCAACACGCCGCGCACGCUCAAGGAGAUCAUGCCCACGCUCAUGCGCCUCCUCAUCGACUCCCUCGGCUCGCCCUCCUUCGAGCGCCGCCAGAUGGCCAGUCGGGCCAUAGGCGAGUUGGUGCGCAAGCUGGGAGAGCGAGUGCUGCCCUCAGUGGUGCCCAUCCUCUCUGCCGGUCUCAAGGACCCCAACCCCGCCACCAGACAGGGUGUGUGCUGCGGGCUGGGCGAGGUGAUGAAUGCUGCAGGCCGGCAGAACCUCACGUCCCAUCUGGACGACCUUAUCGGAACCAUCCGCACUGCGCUCUGCGAUGAGGAUGCUGAAGUGCGGGAGGCAGCAGCACAGGCCUUCAGCACGCUCUACAAGAGUGCGGGAAUGCAAGCAAUCGAUGAGAUCGUGCCAGCGCUGCUGCACUCUCUGGAGGAUCCCCACACGUCUGCCACGGCGCUCGAUGGGCUCAAACAGAUCCUCAGUGUGCGCACCACUGUCGUACUGCCUCACAUCCUACCCAAGCUCGUCAAACCGCCUCUCACGGAGUUCAAGGCACAUGCGCUGGGGGCGCUGGCAGAGGUGGCAGGGGCGGGCAUGUGUGUGCAUCUGGCCACGGUGCUGCCGCCGCUGCUCAAUGAGAUGGGGCAGAUGGAGGAGUCCCCCCUACGUUCCAUGGCGGUGGCAUCAGCAGAGGCGGUGGUGAAGGGGGUGGACGAGGAGGGGCUGGACUCUCUUAUUGGCGAGCUCACGCACGCUCUCUCUGAUAACUCAGCGGUCAUGAGGCGUGGGGCAGCGAAGCUUCUCGGAACGUUCUGCAAGAUCACGCGUGUGGAUCUGGAGGAGGAGUUGCCGUCGCUGAUGACCAUCCUGAUCGUCAUGCUCGCAGACCCUGAUGAGACCUGUGUGAAGGUGGCAUGGGAGGCGCUGGGCAGCGUCACGAGCACCAUUCCCAAGGAGUCGCUGCCAGUGCACCUCAAAGUGGUUCGAGAUGCUGUUGCCACUGCCAGGGACAGGGAGAGGAGGAAGAGGAAGGGCCUUCCCAUGCUCGUUGCUGGUUUCUGCCUGCCCAAGGGCUUGCAGCCAGUGCUCCAGAUAUACUUGCAGGCGCUCAUGUUGGGGUCAGCGGAGAUGCGAGAAGCAGCAGCGGACGGGCUGGCGGAGCUCAUCGACGUGGCCAGUGAGGCGGCGCUGCGGCCGUUUGUGGUGCCCAUCACUGGUCCCCUCAUCCGCAUAGUGGGGGAUCGCUUCCCCUGGCAGGUCAAGGCAGCUAUUCUCUCCACCCUCGCCAUUCUCAUCUCCAAGGGCGGCAUCGCCCUCAAGCCCUUCCUGCCGCAGCUGCAGACCACCUUCAUCCGCUGCCUGCAAGACUCCAACCGCACGGUGCGCUCGCGGGCAGCCAAGGCGUUGGGGCGGCUGACAGCGCUCAACCCGCGAGUGGAUGCUCUCAUUUCCGACCUCCUUAACUCCAUCCAGACUGCGGACGGUGCGGUGAAGGAGUCGAUGCUGAUGGCCAUCCGCGGAGUGGUGAGGCACGGAGGCAAGGCAGCCUCUCCGGCAUCUUUGGAGCGCCUCUCCUCGUCUCUCCAGGCGGUGCUGUUCGCCUCUGACAGCGAUGACGACUCUGUUGUUCGCUCCGUUGCUGCUAGAGCCCUGGGGGGCACUGCGCAGUACCUAGCUGAACCAGACUACCUCUCUCUCCUUGCCGCCCUCGCCGCCCCCCUCCCCUCCUCCCGGCCCUGGUCGCACCGCCUCGCAGCCGCCCUCGCCCUCUCCUCCCUCCUCCGCCACACCGCCUCCCGCCCCGCGCCCCUGCCAGCAUCCCAGCUCUCGGCCGUUGCCGAAAAGUCAGCCACGGCUAUAAGAGCACAUGCAGGGGAUGAUAAGGUGCCGGUGAGGGAGACCGCGGCUAAGUCGGCGGGGAGGUGGCUGGUGCUGUUUGGGAUGGGCGGGGGGAGUGCGGCGGGUGUGGUGUCGGUGCUGGCUUCGCUGCUUGGGGAUGCGGCUAGUGAUGUGCGGAGGAGGGCGCUGUCUGCUGUGAAGAUGGUUGCCAAGAAGGAACCCAUCCCAGCAAAGCUCAUGGCGGCGCUGGGCCCGCCCCUGUCAGAGUGCCUCAAGGACACGAGUCAGCCUGUGAGGAUGGCUGCAGAGCGAACCAUCCUGCACGCCUUCCAGCUCAGCAAGGGUCCUGACCAGGUGACAGCAGCGCAGAAGUAUCUCACAGGGCUCGAGUCCCGCCGCAUUGCAAAGAUGCCCGUUGUCAG